GUUAUGCAAAUUUGUGCAAAUUGUUGUCAAUUCCAUUGCUGUGUGUGUAUUGUUCCCAUGUUUCUUAAGUGUGCGUUCGCUACUAAGACACUGCGGCAAGUGAUGUGAAUGUGUGAGUUCGCACAAACCACCGAGUGUCAAUUUCUCUGUUAUUGAAUUGGUUGUACUUAUUCGCCGACUAUUGAGAUGUCAAAAACACCGCUCAUUCAUUGACUGUCACAUAUCAACAAAUUUUGAUUCAAGCAGUUUAUACAUUCGAUAAAACUGACGACUGUUCGAUUAAUCAACAACAGCUAUAAAUAUAAAUAUAAAGACGCAGAAAAAUUGAAAAGGUAAUUUGGAAAUGAUUGGAUUUACUGCAUGUGUGUCAAAGCCAAAAGUAGAGAGUUAAACCGACGAUGUCUAGUUUUGAAAACCGAACGGUACAAUCAGGGGACAAUUAUGUCGAUUUGAUGACGGAGAUGCAUUGUGUUAUUGAACGGGAGGUAGCACUAGCAUUGAUUGGCAUUUGCGAUGACUUUAAACAAUUUGGACUGCCUUUCAAUGCACAUUUUCGCACUCAUUUUUCACAACUCAUCCAACAAAGAGUCACAAAAACAUAUGAUCAAUUUAUGAUGAAUUUGAAAUAUGGAGAGUGUAGAGUGUAUUCUGUUGAACAACAACAGGUGACACAGAGACCAUAUUUGACACAGAAACGAAAGAAACCAGACGAUGUCAACAAUCAAAUGUUUUUGACAAAAAAGCUAAAAGUAGACGAAGGUUUGGCGAAUGAAAUAGCAAAUGAAAGACGAUCGCCAAAAAAAUUAAUUCACAACACUUCAAAUUUUCCAACGAAAUUGAGCACCGAAGAAGUUGCUUGCGCUAAACUAACAAACAAACCCACGAACUCUCAACCCAAAUUAUCACUUGCUAUGCAUCCAGUACCGACUGAAGUAAAGGAUUCAC